ACGAGUGAGAAGAAUUAUAGAAGAGAAAGACGAGAGCGAGCGUUUGUAGCAGAGGCCAGAGGCAGCAACCAGCUCAGAUCGGCAUCCCUAUUUCUCCGUUCUGUUUUUACAUUCUUUCUAUGCAAAAAUUCUCCCUAAAUUCCAGCCUUUUAUUCUUCUCCUUUUCUUUCUAAUUCCUUAUUUUCUUCAUCUCAUUACCCAUUUCAAGACCUAAUCUUUUCCAAUCAUUCCUCUCUCUUAUCUUGCAUUCAUCUUAAAGGAUCUCUAAUUUCCCUCAUUUUCGCUUUUUUUCUUUUUUUUUUCCAUGUUUUUUCCACCUCUGUCUUCCUGGGUCUCAUCUUGUCUCUCUUUUCUUGAAUAUUCAACCCUCCUUUUUUUUUCUGUCCACAAUUCACAUUUGUGAAGUGUUUUCAAUAGACUCGCCCAAGAUAUUUGAGCUCAAUACAUCAAAGGCUCAAGCUUCCUCCAGGAUGCAGAAAGGGUCUUUCAAAGCUUGUCCCUUUUUUUAUAAUUUCUGACUCCAACCUUUGUUUCCCCAAAUCUUGUUGCACCCAUUUUGUUUCUGACAACUUUGCGGCGUCUCCUCACCUAAUCUUAAGCACCCAGGUCCUUGGAAUGGACCUUUUCACGGUUUCAGACUAGUGGGUAGUUUUGUUAUUUGACAAGGUCCUUCCUUUUCCCAAUACAUAAGACAACCUAGUCUGAACACCGAAGGGAAGCCAAGCCCAGCCCUUUGUUGUGGCAGUCUUUCUUGAUCCGACACAAGAAAAAAUGUAUGGGACCAAAAGCAAAAUUGACCUUGCCUUUGAAUACCAAUCUCAGGUAGCAGUUUUGAGGCCCAGCAUCCAUUCCAGGAGGGCAAAUCUGACUGUGAAAUUCCAAGACCUUUAUGGAUUCACGGUGGAAGGGAAUGUGGAUGAUGUGAAUGUGUUGAAUGAGGUAAGGGAGAAGGUGAGGCAACAGGGAAGAGUUUGGUGGGCAUUGGAGGCCAGCAAGGGGGCAAAUUGGUAUUUGCACACUACCAUCGGGCAAAGCAGUGCUCUUACAUCCUCCUUAAAAUUCUCAGCUCUGACCAAUGCUAUCACGUUGAAGAAGUUGAUCAGGAAGGGGAUUCCCCCAGUUCUCAGGCCUAAGAUUUGGUUUUCCUUGUCAGGGGCAGCCAAGAAAAAGUCCACCGUGCCUGACAGUUAUUAUGAUGAUUUGACCAAAGCUGUGGAUGGGAAGGUCACCCCUGCUACCCGGCAGAUAGAUCAUGACCUACCCCGAACCUUCCCUGGCCACCCGUGGCUGGACACUCCCGAGGGGCAUGCUGCUCUCAGGCGUGUUCUCGUUGCUUAUUCCUUCCGUGAUUCUGAUGUUGGGUAUUGUCAGGGAUUAAAUUACGUGGCAGCAUUGUUGUUGCUUGUGAUGAAGACAGAAGAAGAUGCAUUUUGGAUGCUUGCUGUCUUGUUGGAGAAUGUCCUGGUGAAUGACUGUUACACAAACAACUUGUCAGGAUGCCAUGUGGAACAAAGAGUGUUUAAAGAUUUACUGGCUAAGAAGUGUCCGAGGAUUGCGAGUCAUUUAGAAUCUUUGGAAUUUGAUGUUUCCCUUGUUGCCACCGAGUGGUUCCUCUGCCUCUUCUCCAAAAGUCUGCCUUCCGAGACAACUCUUCGCGUCUGGGAUGUUAUCUUCAACGAGGGUGCUAAGGUUAUAUUUAACGUGGCCUUGGCAAUCUUUAAGAUGAAGGAAGAUGAGUUGAUUCUAACCCAUCAUGUUGGCGAAGUGAUCAACAUUUUGCAGACGACCACGCAUCAUCUAUUUGAUCCAGACGAUCUAUUGACAGUGGCAUUUGAUAAGAUAGGAUCAAUGACAACAAACACGAUAUCAAAGCAAAGGAAGAAACAAGAACCUGAAGUGAUGAAGGAGCUUGAUCAGAGGAUCAGACGGUUAAAUUCCCUUAGAACAGAUGACAAAUAGCAUUAGCUUUCAUUUCAUGUCUUUUGGGUUUUUUUUUGGUACCUUUCGUUACGUUACGUUUCUCUAAUUUAAUCUGAAAUGGUAUCGCCCUCGGGGCAUGACACAAGCCCUGUUCAUUUUCAGGAUGUUUGUAGGUCAUUAAGUGUAAAUUUGGAUACGGACAUAAUAAUCUAUUAAUUAAUCUUAUAAUUUCUAUCAA